AUGGCGGAACCCACAUUGUGCAAGAAGAAGCUAGAAGGUAAAGUGGCCAUAGUCACGGGCGGUGCUAGUGGCAUCGGGGAGGCGACUGCGUAUCAUUUUGCCAAGCAUGGUGCACGUAUGGUGGUGAUUGCUGAUAUCCAAGAAGAACUAGGCCAGCAGGUCGCUAAAUCCAUUGGCUUUAGCUAUUCAACGUUCUUACGUUGUGAUGUUGCUAAUGAAGAGCAGGUCAAAGACAUGGUAGAAUGGACAGUCAAGAAAUAUGGGCAGCUUGACAUCAUAUUUAGCAAUGUAGGUACUUAUAGUAGAAGGUCAGAUCAGACCGUACUUGACCUCGACUUGUUGGCCCUCGACCACGUAUUUGCGACCAAUGUGCGUGGCAUGGCCGCAUGGGUAAAGCAGUCAGCACGUGCUAUGGUUGAAGGGGGUGUGAGGGGACCCAUCGUGUGCACCGCAAGUGUUGCAGCAAGCAGGGGUGCAGUCAAUAGAACCGAUUACUAUAUGUCAAAGCAUGCGGUGCUUGGGCAUGUUAGUUCAGCAAGCAAGCAACUAGGGAAGUAUGGGAUUAGGGUGAACAGUAUAUCACCCUCUACAGUCGCUACUCCAAUGGUAUGCAGUGCAAUUGAAAUGGAUGCAGAGCAAUUGGAGAAAGCAUUUGAGCCGCAUGCAAGCUUAAAGGGAAUUACGUUGAAAGUGGAGCACAUCGCCGAUGCUGUCCUCUUUCUUGCAUCUGAUGACUCUGGUUUUGUCAAUGGACAUGACCUAGUGGUUGAUGGGGGCUGGCUUGACUAG